CUUAAUCAGUGCGACUUGCGAGGUUGGAAAAAUAGAUUGAAAUCAAUCAUCGGUGCUGGUUUUCUUUUUCAAAGAAACAUCACAGAAUGGACCGUAUAGCGUCUUUUGCAAAUGACCCCUUUGAUAAACCACCUUGCAGAGGCUGCUCCUCAUACCUGACGGAGCCCUACAUCAAGUGUGCAGAGUGUCCCUCAGCUUUUUUACUUUGUCUCCAGUGUUUCACCAGGGGAUUCGAGUACAAAAAGCAUCAGAGUGAUCACAAAUAUGAGAUCAUGACGUCGGACUUCCCCGUGCUGGAGCCGGGAUGGACGGCGCAGGAGGAGAUGGCACUGCUGGAGGCCGUCAUGGACUGUGGCUUUGGGAACUGGCAGGAUGUGGCAUACCAGAUGCGCUCUAAGACUAAAGAGGAAUGCGAGAGCCACUAUAUGAAGAAUUUCAUCAAUAACCCUCUUUUCUCCUCCACGCUGCUUGGCCUGCGGAAAGCGAAAGACUCUCGCUUUGCAGAGGGGGCCAUUCCUUUCAAACCCUCCGACGACCCCCCGCGGCCCACCUUUGACUCGGUGCUGUCUCGGGACAUGGCGGGAUACAUGCCGGCCAGAGCCGACUUCAUGGAGGAGUUUGACAACUAUGCAGAAUGGGAUUUGAAAGACAUUGACUUUGUGGAUGAUGACUCAGACAUCCUAAGGGCACUCAAGCUCGCUGUUGUAGAUAUAUAUCAUUCAAGAUUAAAGGAGAGACAAAGAAGAAAGAAGAUCAUCCGAGACCACGGACUGAUCAACCUUCGGAAAUUCCAGAUGCUGGAGCGAUGCUACCCAAAGGAAGUGCAGGAGCUCUAUGACGUCAUGAGGAGAUUUGCCAGAGUGGCUGGACCCACUGAGCACGACAAAUUCAUCGAAAGUCAUGCACUGGAGUUUGAGCUGAGGAGAGAGAUUCGCCGGCUGCAGGAGUACAGAAAAGCAGGGAUCAAGUCUUUCUGCAGUGCCAAAGUGUACGAGCGGGCGAAGCGGAUGCGUGAGGACGAGCGCCGGAAGAGGACCAUGCUGUGCGACGUGCUGCAGUACAUCCAGGACGGCCGCGCCUGCCAGCAGUGGCUCAGCAAGCAGGCCGCAAUAGACGCUGGCGUCACUCCAGCUGUCACCACCAUCACAGUGUCAGCGACGGGCAGGAGGAGCGCCCCCCCCCUCAACCUGACCGGGCUGCCGGGAACAGAGAAGCUCAACGAGCGGGAGAAAGAGCUCUGUCAGGUGGUGCGGCUGGUGCCCGGAGCCUACCUGGAGUACAAGCAGGCCCUGCUCAACGAGUGCCGGCGGCAGGGGGGGCUGCGGCUGGCCCAGGCCCGAGCGCUCAUCAAGAUCGACGUCAACAAGACCCGAAAAAUCUACGACUUCCUGAUCAAAGAAGGCUACAUCACCAAGGCCUGAGGAGCCGCGGCUCGUUUUCUAUGUCGUCUUGUCCAGUUUCCAGAGCUUCAGAAGAAGGUCAGAUUGAUGCUGCUCUUUCAAAGUAUUCUAAGUUGUUGUGUCUGUGUUUGUUUUCUUUCCAAAGUGUAUUAAAAUCUUGUUUAUCUGUCAGACGAACAGGAGCCCGUUUUGAAAUGUGGAUUUAUUUGUUUCUCCUGACAUGAAUGUCAAUUAAAAAAACUUGUUCAAA